AUGUCAGGCAAUGUCAAAGUAGUGUCGCGGUGCGUAUGCGUUGCACAGUGAACUGGUUGCCUGCGAUACUGAAAACUCAGACCUGCCGCGCAACCUUUCACUCGCCUGCUGUACAGAUUCCGUCCUCCCAACUCCCUCGAGCUGAAGGAGGGCGGGGACAUCGUAGUGGAUUUCGAUGACUCGGAGGGUACCACAGUCAAACUUAGAAAUGGCCCGACUUCAGGUCCGGAAGCCGCCGGCUUCACGUUCGACCGCGUCUUUCCGAUGGGCACUCAUCAACAGGACGUGUUCGAAUACGGUAUCAAAGAGACUGUGGAUGGUGAGUGAAGCACCCCAUGGGAGUGCUAGCAGUCAAAUGAUACACAGCUGACAUCAUCUUGGCUCCGCCACAGAUGUCCUCAAUGGCUACAAUGGCACCAUCUUUGCCUACGGUCAGACCGGUUCGGGCAAGACCUUCACCAUGAUGGUAUGUACUUCAGCUGUGGCAGCCUGAACCCGUGUCAUGUUGCUGAUGGAUGCGUGGCCGGCGAAACAGGGAUCUGACAUCGAUAGUGAGGACCUCAAAGGUAUCAUCCCUCGUAUCACCGAACAGAUCUUUACCAACAUCGCAAUCAGCCCGCCACACUUGGAAUACCUUGUCAAAGUCUCGUACAUGGAGAUCUACAUGGAGCGCAUUCGAGACUUGUUGGCCCCCCAGAAUGACAAUCUGCAAAUUCAUGAAGAGAAGAGUCGCGGCGUCUACAUCAAGGGCUUAUCAGACUACUACGUAUCGGAUCAGUCCGAAGUGUACGAAAUCAUGCGCCAGGGUGGCUUGGCUAGGGCGGUGUCCUCGACAAGUGCGUCGCUUGGCCUCAUGUCGGAUUAGCUUGCUGGAGAAGAGUACUCAUCCCACCAUUUCCAUUGCUGUUGCAUGCAGACAUGAACGCCGAAUCAUCGCGCUCGCACUCCAUCUUUCUGGUGACCAUUCAGCAGAGAAACACCGAGACGGGCUCGCAGAAGUCAGGAAAUCUGUACCUUGUCGAUUUGGCAGGCUCAGAGAAGGUUGGCAAGACAGGAGCAUCGGGUCAGACGUUAGAGGAGGCAAAGAAGAUCAACAAGAGUCUCAGUGCUUUGGGAAUGGUCAUCAAUGCUCUAACAGACGGCAAGGUACGUCCUGAUCGCUGACAGCAUUCCGCCGUUCAUCAUGGUCUUACCCGCCCACCUCUCUUCAUGAAGUCUUCCCACAUUCCUUACAGGGAUUCCAAAUUGACACGUAUCCUUCAGGAAUCGCUUGGAGGUAAUUCGCGCACCACUCUGAUCAUCAACUGCUCACCCUGCUACUACAAUCAGGACGAGACCAUAUCAACUCUUCGCUUCGGUGUUCGUGCCAAGUCGAUCAAGAACAAGGCGCGCGUCAAUGCCGAGCUGUCUCCCGCAGAACUCAAGGCUUUGCUCAAAAAGGCGCAGGCCGACGCUGCCCGUCAGCAAGCCUACAUCACUGCUCUGGAGACCGAGGUCAAGCGAUGGCGAAGCGGCGCACAAGUUGCGGAGAGCGAGUGGGCAGAUCUCUCAAAGGUCGUCGUUGGUGCAUCUGCCGGAGAAUCCGGUACCAUCGCACCUGCUUCCGCCUCUCGGCCUCCGUCGACUAGACCAAUCACGCCUGCUAUCGAGGCUCUUCGCGAGUCAAGACCAGAAACACCCUCAAGUGGCUCGAUGGACAAGGAUGAGCGGGAUGAGUUCUUGCGGCGUGAGAACGAGUUGGCAGAUCAGGUCACUGAGCGCGAGAACGCUCUCAAGGAGACGCGUGCCAAGCUGCAGGAAGCUGAAGACGAGCUUGCAUUCCUCCGCGAGCGCGAGGCCGAACUCAGCGACACUAAUAAGACUUAUGCCAAAGACUUGGAAGAGCUCAAGCUUGCCCAUGACAGGCUCAUUUACGAACACAAGGAGACCACGAUCAGUGUGGACAUUUUGAAAGAGCAGAUUCAGGACCUGCACACAGAAAUCGAGGAUAACCGCAGGAGCGCCAACGAGCCUGGACGCAGUGCUACUGGUGUUGGACAGAGUGCCGAUCCCGCUCAAGCGGACAGGGAUCGGAAGAAAGCAGAGCUGGUGGGUCAGAUGAUGGAGGGCUACACUGCGGGUGCUUUCACAGCUCUAGAGCAACAGGUGCGGGAGUCUCUUUCCAAGCUGGACCUGGUCGCUGGCGAUAAGGGGAAUUUGUCCUCUGAAGACAUUGCAAAGAUCAAAGGGCUGUUCGACGAUUCGCAAUCAGUGGCUCGCGAGAAUACCGAGCGUGCGCAGCAGGCAGAGGAGCAGAACAAACUCCUCGCCCAAAGCAGAGACGAGCUCGAGGACCGCUUUGCAAAACUCGAAGCCGAGUAUGAUGAGCUGCUCGACAAGACGAUGCAGAACGAUGAGACGAACGCAACUGGCUACAACGACGCUGCCCAAGAGGUUCGUCUGAAGCUGGAGGCGCAAUAUGCCAGCAAGAGAGAGGCACACCUAGGCGAGAUUGCGGAUCUCAAACGACAACUGGAGCUUCGCGCCAACGAGAAAGCCAAAUUGCAGAACAAUCACGAGGUGCUGCGCUCCGCGCAUGACGAGCUCAAGCGCGCUCUGGCUGUCACUUCGGCUGCGGCAGAUGGAGGUAAGAAUCUGGCUGAGGAAGCUCGCGAGAUGGAGAGAGUGCGUCGCUCGAUGACCACGCAGUUGGCAGAGUUCGACAACAUGCGCAAGAACUUGAUGCGCGACCUGCAGAAUCGCUGCGAGAAGGUGAGUUGGUGUAGCUUGAGAAUCGCAUCCAGUGAACAACGUGAAAUCCGCUGAAUAUUGGAAUGGCCGCGCAGGUUGUUGAGCUCGAGCUUGCCCUUGAUACGACGCGCGAGCACUCCAACAAUUUGAUUCGCAACUCCAACGUCAAGUCUCAGGCGAAGAAGAUGGCGCAUUUGGAGCACAACCUAAACAAUCUCGUUCGCGUUCAGAAGAGCUUGGUUGACCAGAACACGCAGCUUAAGAAAGACAUCAACGCCAGCACAAAGAAGCUGAUGAACAGACAGGAUCGCAUCGCACAAUUGGAGCAACAAUUUGCCGAAGCUCAGGCGGAUUUGAAGCGAGCCAACGAAAGAUUCGACGACCAAGUUGCCAACCUCAAGCAAGCCAUGAGUCACAGACAGGCAAAACCUGCAGGAGCUCAGACUGGGGCAGCUCUUGGCUUUGGUCGCAUCGCGAAACCUAUCCGCGGUGGUGGGCCUAUUGGACAGCCGGGACCUCAACCUGGACCUGGCGCAGCUGCCCAAGGGCUUCGUCAUCCGGGUGUUGCGAGCGCGCAAGCCCAGUCUAUCGAGUGAGUAGAGAAGACAAGCGCGUCUUUGCCACAUCAUCUAAUUCAGAGUCCCUUCCUUGCUGAAGCUCGAGCUCGCCAAAGGCUAGAUCCAGCUGGUUCUUCUCGGCCACGAAAUAG